GUGAGAUUGAGAACUAUGCUUUUGCUAUAGCCGUGAUAAUCUCUCGCGAUCGCUGUUGAUCGUUUAUGCCGACGGAACACAUACUGGUUCGAGGUGGUUGAGUAUAGACGUUUGAUAGUCACACGGUACGAUAGAUGUGGGGCUCUCAGUAAAGGUUCAACGUUUAUGCACAGAUAAUGUUUCACUUCAUUGGUAGAGUAACUUUGUUUUACGGUUUGUUGUGUGUGCUGUCUCUGGCGGUGGCCCAAGAGAAUCGGUUAACGUGCGGUAGACGCAAAGUGAAGUCGGUUUACCUCAUCCACAAUGGCAUUGACGCCAAGGCCGGUCACUGGCCGUGGCAUGCGGCGAUCUUUCAUCGAAAGGGCGAGCAGAAUGAGUACGCUUGCGGUGGUGCGGUAAUUGAUGAGAACACUGUUCUCACUGCGGCACACUGCAUCUACACAACGAGAGGUAUAAUCCCAAAAACCCUGGUAACAGUGCAUCUUGGACAAUUGGAUCUUAAAGAAAAAGAUGAAUACACACAGACUCACAGUUUGCAGGAAAUUAUACUACAUCCUAAAUACAACUCCUCAAGUAUUAUCAACGACAUUGCUCUACUUAAGCUGAGCUCGCACAUCACCAUGACGAAGUACGUGCAACCCGUCUGUCUGUGGACAAUGGACAGCAAGCUGGAUACGAUAGUGGAUAGAAACGGAACGAUUGUUGGAUUUGGUCUGAACGAACAGGAUGUAGUUUCGGAGCAGCUCAAACAAGCAUUGAUUGGUGUGGUCGAUCCGUUGACAUGCAUCGCAAGUGAUCGUAGCGUGUUCGGUACGCAUCUGACGUCGGACAUGUUCUGUGGAAAAGGACAGAUGGGUGUGAGUGCGUGCAACGGAGAUAGCGGUGGCGGUAUGUUCUUUGAGGUCGGCGGCAAAUGGUUUGUGAGAGGCUUGGUGUCGUUUACUCCAUUGCGUGGAAAUACCGGACUGUGCGAUCCUCUCAAGCACACCGCCUAUACCGAUGUGGCCAAGUAUCUAGAAUGGAUUUCGCAGUACAUUGAUCAGCGAGUGCUAUCCUUCGAGAACGACGUGCUGGACAUAGAUUAUGAGGAAAAGCUACGACUGUUCAACUUUGGUACUUGCGGUGUGAAAUCUUCAACUAUGCUAAAUGAUGGAUCGAGCUGGACGCUUCCCUGGCUUGGAUUUGUUAUCGUGUCUGGAGCUACUGACAAUUUCCGCAGUGCAAGAUGUGUGGUGACAUUAAUAAGCGAUUGGUACGCGAUUGGCCCUGCACAUUGUUUUGCUAACGACGGUAUCGAACGAUCUAUUCUACUCGGAGGACCAUCGGAAUCGACAAAAUCAGAAUGUUUUGACCGUCAUGGAAGCACACAAUGUACUUAUCCGACCCAAACGGUGCAGAUUGAAAGAAUUAUCACCCAUCCGAAGUACGAUAGCAAUAACUUUGGGAAUAAUAUAGUGCUGAUUGAGUUGCUGGAAGCAGCCAAUACAACACAGCCGAACGUGAAGCCCAUCUGUGUAUCAGCUAUUCCAGAGCUACGAACAAAUGAGAUGACCAACUUAUCCGUGGCAACCUACUCAAGACGAACGACAACAUAUGGAGAUCAAGCCGUACACCAAACCAGCACAGAAGAAUGUAUGGAUCGGUACGCUGACUUAGGGUUGACCAUCAGUUGGAAAAACAUGAGAUUCUGUGCACGAACGGCAACUAACGAUGACUCAAGCUGUGUGUCCCUGAGGAGUGGUGCUCCAUUACACCAGUUGCGUUUGCUUGGGGGAUCGGAACGAUACUUCUUACGUGGGUUUGAAAUAUUAGGCCUCGCUUGUACAUCAGGAGCACCACCAGUAUACAACAACAUGGAUGAAUACCUCGACUGGAUACUAUACAACAUGCGAUACAACAUUCAAGACACAAAUGAAGUUGUUCGUAUUUUAAAACCUAACAUAGCUAAACAAACUCUCGAAAUGGAAUGGAGCAUGUUGCAGCAGCAACCGGGAAAAGAACAGUUGAAUCUUUUCAAUAUGGAAACCUGUGGUUUACCCAGCACGCGCAACCAGAACUUGGGACAGGUAACUGUCCUACCGUGGGUCGGGUUCUUCCAAGCCGCGGAAAAUGUUACAGAUGAAUACUCGACGACAAGAAGUUUGGUAGUGCUCAUAAGCGAAUGGUAUGCAUUGACCCCAAAGCGUACGGUACAGAACGAUGUUACUUGGCGAUUACUUAUACUAGGUCAGUAUAAUCCGGAUGAUCCCACCAACUGCUACACUGGCACAUGCGAAAUAACACAUCAGCUGGUAGAAAUCAAGAACGUUAUCCUUCCUCCGCCCGAUCAUCCCAGGCAGGUGUUUGCGUUGAUAGAGCUGCUUGAGCCGGCCAAUCUGAAGGUUCCCUACAUCAGACCAAUCUGUUUGCCUUUUAUGGACCAGCUGUAUCAACAAAAACCCAUGGAAGUGGUUAUAUCGUCCAACAUAUCGUUUACCAUUGAAAACAAAAAGCUGAAAAUGAUCGAUUACCUGAAUUGCCAGCAAAGGUUGCUGCUCGGCAAUCAUUUCGUCACCUUCGACGGGGACUUUCCGUGUGCAAUCGAGGCGGAAAAGCUCCGACAAACACCUUUAUCUUCAAACCUAGGCAGUCCGGUGCAGAUGCCGAUACGGUACGGAGGACGCACACGCUACUUUCUAUACGGAAUGGAUGGUAAUCAGCCGCAUAUUUUCGAGGACUUGGUCUAUGGGCCGUACCUGUUUGGAACGGUUCAGAAGAAAGACCUUGACUGGAUAGUGGAGAGCAUGCGGGAAAAAGAGCGACAAACUUCAUUCAUCAGCACAAGCAAGAAUGAACGGGUGCAUUUGAGCCCAAUUCAGUAUGCUUCCAAGAGGGCAUUGUUUAACUUUAACACCUGUGGGAAAUCAUCGAGUAGCUAUCCAAUGCCAUGGAUGGGGAAUGUAUUCUCCAAUGCACCGUUUUUCAACGUAAGCAGAUGUUCGGUGACUCUCAUUAGCGACCAAUACGUUGUUGGUCCAGGAUAUUGUUUUAGCGAUGCAAGCACAGAGAACAUUAUAGAAUUCGGGAUUGGAAGUGAUACGGCCCAGAGAGAAUGCACAAAGACAAAUAACUCUGCAUCAUGUCCUCUUCCUAAGCAACGCGUUGCAACCCACAAGAUCUUUCUUCAUCCGCAUUACAACCGAACCAACUAUGGCAACGAUAUUGCGUUGGCUAAGCUUGCUACUCCUGUGGAUACAUCACUACCGAAUGUGAAGCCCAUCUGCUUGCCGAUUAUUGAUGAAAUACGUAGUUAUGAUACAUCGAGCUUGGUAAUGGCCUCUUCUAGUUUAAAUUCACUUACUGACUUCAAAAUCACCACCGUUGAUGAUAAGUACAUAGAUCACAGGGAGUGUCAAAAUAGGUGGCAAGGUUUGAGGGUGAGCUUUACCAUAAAUAACAUGAAACAUUGUGUGAUUACAAAACGAACACAGGAUGAUGAAUGUGUUGGUGUAUUUACUGGGGCUUCACUUCACUCAUUGCAAAGACUAGAAUCGAGUGAAAGACACUUUCUGCGCGGAUUUGAUGUGAUCUUGCCGAGAGGUUGCAGUAUCUAUUAUCCUGCAGUUUACACAAACACAGAUGGGUAUUUGGAUUGGAUACUGGAAACUAUGGAGCAGCCAGUGGGUUUGCCGUUUGAUCUGCAAAAGGAACUUAUAUUUAGUGACAAAUGAAAAAAAAAAUCUUUACGAUUAACGCACAAUGCGUCACGAAAAAAUAAA